GGGCGUGGAAAAUCGUCGGCGUGGAAGGUUCUGGAGACCGCAGUGCUUGAAAGUCGCCAUUUAAUCCCAUCUUCGGAGCGGGAGCUAUAGACUCGGCUAGGCCGCGUACAUAUUUAUUUAUUUAUCUUUUGCGCUAGUUUCCAGUUGCUGCAGAAAUGGAGAGGGAAAAGGAACAAUUACAAUUUGUGUCCACAGUCUGUCUCUCUCUCAAUGUAUAUCUAUCUAUAUAUAUCUCUAUAUCGCCUCUAUCUUGUGUGUUUUACAGAGGGAAAAGGAACAGUUCCGUAAGCUUUUUAUUGGAGGCCUCAGCUUUGAAACAACAGAGGAAAGUCUGCGGAAUUUCUAUGAACAAUGGGGGCAGCUGACGGAUUGUGUGGUCAUGAGAGAUCCUGCGAGUAAAAGGUCCAGGGGGUUUGGCUUUGUAACCUUUUCCUGCAUGAAUGAAGUUGAUGCAGCUAUGUCUGCACGUCCACAUACUAUUGAUGGCAGAGUAGUUGAGCCUAAGCGAGCUGUUGCCAGAGAGGAAUCUGCCAAACCUGGUGCCCACGUCACUGUUAAGAAAUUAUUUGUUGGGGGCAUUAAGGAAGACACAGAAGAGCAUCAUCUUCGAGAGUACUUUGAGGAAUAUGGGAAGAUUGAGAGCACUGAAAUCAUUACAGACAAACAGUCUGGAAAGAAAAGGGGAUUUGGCUUUGUGACUUUUAAUGACCAUGACCCAGUUGAUAAGAUAGUUUUGCAAAAGUAUCACACAAUAAAUGGGCACAAUGCAGAAGUAAGAAAAGCCUUAUCCAAACAAGAAAUGCAAGAUGUUCAGAACACCCGAAAUAACAGAGGAGGUAAUUUCGGCUUUGGAGACUCAAGAGGUGGUGGUAACUUUGGUUCAGGACCGGGAGGCAACUUCAGAGGAGGAUCUGAUGGUUAUGGAGGUGGGCGCGGUUAUGGCGAUGGCUAUAAUGGAUAUGGUGGUGGUCAAGGCGGUACGUAUCUGGAUGAAAAGCAGAAUUUAUAUUCUAGUGGCAACUUUGGAGGUGGACCCAGCUAUGGAGCAGGAGGAGGAAGAGGGGGUUAUGGAGGUGGCCCUAGCUAUGGCAACCAAGGAGGCGGAUAUGGAGGCGGCUAUGACAACUAUGGUGGAGGAAACUAUGGUGGAGGUGGAAACUACAAUGACUUUGGGAACUAUAAUCAACAGUCUUCCAGUUAUGGACCAAUGAAGAGUGGUGGAAAUUUCGGUGGAAACAGGAGUAUGGGCGGGCCAUAUGGCGGAGGAAACUAUGGUCCUGGAAAUGGUAGUGGAGCAAGUGGUGGUGGAGGAUAUGGAGGAAGAAAUCGUUAUUAGAUUUAAAAACGUUUUUAUCGCUCCUCUUGGGCUUCACUGUAUAAAUAGGAGAGGAUGAGAGCCCAGAGGUGUAACGCAGCUGCAGGUUAUCGAAUUAACAAUGUUAAGGAGACUUAUCUCAGUCAUGCAUAAUACAUGCAGUGAUAUGACAGAAGACACCAGAGCAGAUGCAGAGAGCCAUUUUGUGAAUGGAUUGGAAUAUAUUUAAGUACAUUACCUUACGAUGGAGGAAGGACUGUAAAUUUUAUGCCUUUGAGUCAGUUUCAUAGGUUUUUAACUUUGUUGUAGUGGUCAUUGUAAAGAGUGCAGCGGCAUUCCUUUUGAUAUUGUUAUAUUUAAGUUUCAGGUCACUUGAGACUUUUUUUUUUUUUUUUUUUUCUCCGUUAAAAAAGAAAUAACUAGCCAGGAUCAUGGUGUAAUAUGAGCCUUUUUUUAUUUUACAUUUUUUCAGUGUGUAUAGUUAAGCUGUUGUACACUUUCAUUUAAUAAAAUAAUUCAAACGGAAA